GCGAAAAUAAUUUAUGCAUUCGUCCAAAGUUUCCCUCCGGCCGUAUCUAAUUGAGUGUCAAGCACCCGACAAAACAAGAGAUUCGAACGAAAUUGUAAGAGACUAGACGAAACAAUGAACUCCAGAAAUUUCUUAUGUCUGGUGGCGUUUUUAGUUUUAGCAGUAUAUUCAGCGAGUGCCCUGAAGUGUAUUUCAUGCAGUUCAUAUUUGAACGUUUCCAGUGCAACGUCAGAUAAAGAAUCUUGCGCAACUAGGAAGGACGGACCAUCGAUACCAUGCGAUGAUGGGCUAGUCUGUUCAACUAUCUAUGAUCCAAAUACAUCUCUAUUCACCAGAGGUUGCGACCGGAAGGAUAUCUGCAAAAACAUACCACAAAACUGUUCUACAUGUGCAACGGACCUCUGUGGAAGUUCAGGGCUCAACAUCAAUCCCCUCUUGGCUCCUCUCCUAGCAGGACUAAUCUUUGCUGCUUUGAGUAGAUGAAAUAUCGUUCCGAAUAAUACUGAGUAAUUUUUUUCAAUAAAAUUAUAAAUUAUU